AUGGAGCCUUUGUCGACAGUGCAGGCGCGUAAAGCGCCGCCGGUCUCCGCCGCAGCUCCGCGGAAGCGACGGAAGCGAACGGUCAUCAGCCAGGCGGCCGAUGACUGCUUCACUUGUGCUCGACAGGCGAUUCAAUGCGACAGGAGACGCCCAUACUGCUCCCCAUGCUUAGAGAAUGGUCGCGACUGUGCAGGCUAUAAGACGACCUUGACUUGGGGGGUGGGGGUGGCCAGCCGGGGAAAGCUUCGAGGACUAUCUCUGCCCGUGACCGGAGCACAGCCAGCUGCAGCCGCGUCGCAGUCUCGGGCCACCACGACUCCAAAAUCACCACAUCCAACGCAGUCAAUAGAGUCGGUCAUAUCGAAAUGCUCAUCUGCCCGUCAAAAAUCCAAAUCGCCAGCCAAGCUUUCGGGGACCUGUCAUACACCUUCUGAUCAGCGAGCACGGCCUGAGCUGGACGAAGCUGCAGAUCAUCUGCGGACAGUAUCAAAUCCGGUUCCCUCUGAAAUCCAAACCAAUGGUUCAUUUUCCGCCUCAGAAUCAACACCUGUGUCUUCGUGCCACCGCGCGGCACCUGCUUCUGAAGAGAGUGUAGAGGACAUGGAAGAAAGUGACCAGAAUAGGACUCCUGAAAUCCCGAGAUAUCAUGCGCCAUCCUUAUCCCAGCAGCUAUUGGCGCGCUCGAUUGGACGGACACCGCGACUGCGAUUCCUGAUUAGCUAUUACGCGGAAGUGAUCGCUCCGAUGAUAGUUGCCUUCGAUGGGCCUACCAAUCCAUUUCGCACGUAUGUUCUCCGGUUGGCCCAGGAAAGCGCAUCGCUUCAGGAAGCCAUUGCAACUUUGUCUCUGUGCAACAUGCGCCAGAGGCGGGAACGGGGCACAAGGUCGACCGAGCGAACUCUGCCCGCACGAAUGUCAUCCUUGGCUCACCAAGCUUUGACGGAUGCAUCGUUGAGCGGUCUGUCUGGUACUGAUGUUAUCACAGCUUUAGCACAGGAAGAGCAUUUUCAUAGAAGUGUAGCGGUCAAGGCCUUGAACGGCGAACUGGCUGACCCGCGUCAGCGGUUGUCGGAUUCGGUACUCGCGACUUUACUCGUCCUAUGCCUCUUUCAUGGGUGUGAUACGGGGGUCGCGCAAUUCAAGACCCAAUUCGCUGGCGUGACCAAGUUGCUGGCUAUUCGACUGUGCAACGGCAGCACCCAUGUGACUGAAGAACUGAAGUGGUUCAUUCGCAUGUUUACCUGGCUCGAUACCAUGACCGCCACUACGAACGACCGGGAUGUCCAGCUUCGUGGGGCCUGUCUGGACAUUACCGCGAUCUCUGACGGGGAUUGGGGACUUGAGACCCUGGCCGGAUGUGAUGCCUCUCUGUUCAAACUCAUUGCGCAACUCGGUCGCCUGAAUCUUCUCAGUCGAGACCAAGAUACCCAGACCCCGGCAGUCUCAGACGUUCAUGCCCCGUCGACCACCGUUCCUCCCCAGCUCGCAUACUAUUCGACGGGCGCACCGGGUAUGCUUUCAGAGUCGGGUAUGUUGCCGAUAUUCGCACCUCCGCAGCCGGGCGAGAGUAGCGCAGCUCCAUUCUCCCCCACGUUCUGGCUUGAAUGGCACUGUUUGCGGCAGAAACUCGAAUCGUGGCGCUUUGACUUGGGUCGGCGGCAGUCAGGGUCUUCCUAUAAUGGGACGUACAUUUCGCCACCGUCCUCUCCACUGAGCCAGUCCGGAAUUGCGCCGCAGCAUCUGGAGGAAGUGAUUCACAUCUCUGAGUCAUUUCGCCACGCAGCGAUUCUCUAUAGCGAGCGACUUGCUCAUCCAGAUCUGCCGUCGAGCCAUUCUCGUAUCCAGCAUAUUGUGCAACGCACAUUGACUCACAUCCUGGCUGUCCAGUGCGAUGCGUACCUCCUGUGGCCGCUGUUCAUCACAGGCUCCGAGUGCGUGCUGUCCAGCCACCGGGCGAUCAUCCGGGAGCGGUGUCUGUAUCUCUCCAAGGACUCCGGAUUCAUCAACAACCUGACCUGCUUGGAGCUUCUGGAGAAGAUAUGGGCGGGACAUCCUCCCGCAUCCGCGGACGGGGAUCCCUGCAACCGCGGCGCCGCAGCCGGUCUCGGGAACAGACACAUGAAGCCCACCGCGAGCGCGGCGGACGAUGCAAACUCGGGCGCCCUGGGCGACGGGCAUGGACUUUCUACAGAGACAUUCACUACCCCAUCGCGCGGACAGGGAUUCCGGUGGCACCAGGUGAUGCAGGACAAACGGGCAGAAGUCGAGUACAUGAUCGUAUAAUGAAUGAGGGGGAUGUGUACAUAGAUGUGCGGGGGCAGUCCUUGCUGCCGAUCAACCGCUUGGCUUGAUGGAUGGGGGACAUGGAUAUGGCUUAAUGAUGGAAACGGUCUCGGUGUAUAGCUCAAUGAUUGGGAGUUGUGUACAUACGAUACCUACAAAGUACCCAUAAAUACGAUGCG